AUGCCUCCAUUCCGCGCCGAGCAUAUGGGCUCCCUCCUGCGGCCGCAGCGCCUGUUGGAGGUCCGGGAGGCCAUCCGCGAGAAGGGGCUGACCCCGGAGGUGGCCGGCCUGCCCGCCGUCGAAGAAGAGUCGGUGGGACAUGUGGUCAAGCUGCAGAAGGCGCUGGGGUUCCGAGCCGUGACCAGUGGCGAGUUCAACCGGACUCGCUUCUGGGGUCUCAUGUGGGACGAGUUCGAGGGCACCCUCCGUCUAAAGGACGCCGACGCCUCGCUGUUCCGACUCUACCACCCCGACGUGGUGUCUCUGAUCGAGAAGGACCGCAAGGUCAUGCCGGGGGACUCGGUCAUCGCGGGGGGGAAGCUGAAGCACAGCCCCGAGAAGUCUCAGUCCAACCUCCACGAGCUUCGCCUGGUGCAGAAGUCUGUGCCCGAGAGCGAGUGGGGAAAUAUCAAACUCACCAUGAUCACGCCGGCGUGGUUUCACAUGCGUUACAAGCAAGGACGCGCCUACACCACGGAGGCGUAUGCGAACGACGCCGAGUACUUCAAGGACGUCGCCAAGGUCUACCAGGCCGAGCUGGACCAGCUCUACAGAGCCGGUCUCAGGAACGUCCAGUUUGACGACCCCGGCCUGGCAUACUUCUGCUCCGACAAGUUCCGUCAGGGGUGGGCCGAGGACCCGGACAACAUCGGCACUGUCGACGACCUGCUCGAUGCGUAUAUCGACCUGUACAACGACUGCAUCAGCAAGCUGCCCGCCGACUUCCACACGGGCGUGCAUCUCUGCCGUGGCAACUUCAUCGGGGGCCGUUUCUUUGCCGAAGGCGGCUACGACGUGAUUGCCCAGAAGCUCUUCACCAGGCUUAAAGUCAACACCUUCUACCUCGAGUACGACACUUCGCGGGCGGGUGGGUUUGAGCCGCUCAAGUUCUUGCCCAAGGACAAGUACGUUGUGAUCGGGGCCAUCUCGACCAAGCUGCGCGAGCUGGAGGACAAGGAGGAGGUGAGAAGGCGGAUAUACCAGGCCGCCGACUUUGUGGCCGAGGGCAGCGGUCAGUCGCGCGAGGAGGCGCUGCAACGCCUUUGUCUCAGCCCGCAGUGUGGCUUCAGCACCCACGAGAGCGGCUACCCGCUGAGCGAGGAUGACCAGAAGUUGAAGCUGGCACUCGUCCGGGAGAUUGCCGAUGAAAUCUGGGGUGAGCCGUAA